GAACCGCGACGGUCCUGCGCCCGGCGCGAAGGAAAAAAUGGAGAUGCUGUGGCCACCGAAAAGGAGCAAUACUUCUGCCUCCACCAUCGAUAAGCUUUCCCCUUGUCUCCUGUCGAUCCGGUGGUUCCAAGGCAGCAGCAAGCUUGGCGCAGGCAACUAACAGCUCCUCGGCAGCAAGUUGGAAUCAAUCUAGCGGUGGGAAUCGUCACUCCGGCGACAAGGAGAGGGCGGCAACCGGUGAGUCCUCGCUCACUUCCAUUCUUUGUGCCCGUCUGCAGACCUCCGAGAGCACUAGGGACAAAUCCAUGGAGAUCGUGGUGGGGGCACUGCCGAGCCUCGUGCACAAGCUCGGUGAGCUGCUAGUUGGCGAGUACAAUCUGCAAAAGGAGGUGAAAGGAGGUAUCAUCUUCCUCCGAGCUGAGCUCGAGAGCAUGCAAGGUGCCCUCGAGAAGAUCUCGAGAACACCAGCAGACAAGAUUGACAACCAGGAUAAGAUCUGGGCUAGGAAAGUGAGAGAGAUGUCCUACGAUAUAGAGGACAAUAUUGACAAAUAUAUCAUGCAGUGCAAGAGGAGGAAGAUGGCCGAACAGCAUAGCUUCAAGGAAGCCAUUGAUAGGACCCUCAAAUUGUUCACGCAGCCUAAGAUUCGUCGUAAGAUUGCUAUAGAAAUCAGAGAUAUCAAGAGCCGUGUCAUCGAGGUGCAUGAACGGCGCCGCAGGUAUGAGGUCAGCUUUGGUGUUGAUAAGCAUGUAACUGUGGACCCUCAUUUAUUCGCUCAGAGAUAUCAAGAGCUUGUUGGCAUUGAUGAGGCAAGGGAUGAGUUAAUCAGCAAGAUUAUGAUAGAAGAGAAUGAAGUUCCCAAGAAGCAAGGCAGGAUAGUUUCAAUUGUUGGAUUUAGAGGCCUGGGAAAGACAACUCUUGCCAAUGCAGUGUACAAAAAGAUUAGAGCACAAUUUGAUUGCUAUGCUUUUGUUUCUGUUUCUCAAACUCCAGACCUGACCAAACUAUACAAGGGCUUGCUUUAUGGUCUAAGCAAGAGCAUCAAUGAAGAAACAUUGGAUGAGAGGCGGCUCAUAGAAGUACUCAGAGAAUUCCUUGAAGACAAAAGGUAUUUUGUUGUUGUUGAUGACGUAUGGGAUAUAUCAGUUUGGAAAAUGAUUAGAUGUGCUUUGCCUGAUAAUGAUGUUGGAUACACUAUUAUUACAACCACCUGUAUUUCUCAUGUUGCUGAACAGGCUGGAGGUGCUUACAACAUGAAACCUCUUUCUUUGAAUAACUCCCGAAAACUACUGUAUAGAAGAAUAUUUGGUAAUGGAAACAAAGACAACAAUGAAGAAGAAGAAAAAUGUCCUCAUGAGGAGCUGGCCGAAGUAUCUGAUAAAAUACUAAAAAAAUGUGCUGGUGUGCCCUUAGCUAUAAUUACGAUGGCUAGUUUGCUAGCUUACAAAGAAAGAGAUGAAACGGAGUGGUAUGGGAUGUACAAUUCUGUUGGUACUGGUCUAGAAAACAAUCUAGAUGUGGAGAAUAUGAGAAAGAUUUUGUCAUUUAGCUAUUAUGUGCUACCAUACCAUUUAAGGGCUUGCUUGUUAUAUUUGAGCAUUUUUCCUCAAGAUUAUAAAAUUGAGAAGGAUCGUUUGAUAAGGAUGUGGAUAGGUGAAGGUUUUAUCCCCGGUGAAAAUUCAGGGAAGAGUCUAUUUGAACUCGGAGAGAGUUACUUCAAAGAGCUUAUAAACAGAAGCUUGAUCCAACCAUUACGUAAGAGUUUAGAUGGUAUGAUAUCAAGAUGUCGUGUACAUGGUAUGAUGCUUGAUCUUAUCUGCUCCUUGUCAAGUAAAGAAAACUUUGUUACCGUACUGAGUGGAGGUACAUCUCCAUCAAAUAUGAUUCGGAGGUUGUCCCUUCGGAAUGGCCAAGAAAGUCAUCACACUCAAGCUACAUGGAGCUUGCAACAUGCAAGGUCAGUUGUUGUCUUUCCAGCUUCUGUUCCUCUAGUGCCGCCUCUUGACCGCUGCCGAGUUUUACGUGUUCUGGAUUUACAAGAUUGCCACCUUUCACAAUGUUACAAUCUUAAGGAUCUUGGAAAUUUAGUUCACAUGAGGUACCUGGGACUAAGAAGCACACAUAUUGCUCAGCUCCCUGAAGAAAUAGGAAACCUACGACUUCUUCAAACACUAGAUGUAACGGGCAAUGGAAUUUCUAUGUUGCCGUCGACUGUUGUUCAGCUAAAAUGUUUGAUGUUCCUACGCAUUGAUAGCUGGACAAGAGCGCCAAACGGGAUUGGGAGCCUCACAGGCCUUGAAGAGCUGUCAACGUUAUGCAUCCACGACUCCACAGACAUUAUAAAAGAGCUGGGCCAUCUGAGGAAAUUAAGGGUGCUGGGUAUUGAUUGCCGCACUCUACAGAACAACAGUUUCAGAAUACAUCUGUUGGAGUGCCUACACAAGCUACAACAUAUCGAGUCUCUUUCUAUCUCGGUCUUUGGUGAAUGCGACUUGGAUGCCUGGGUUGCUCCUCGACAUCUCAAUAGAUUGGAACUGAUGGGCUGCUGGUCAUCUAAGCUGUCGUAUUUGAUAAAUCCAUUCUCUCUUCUGGGCCUAUCCUUCCUAUCUAUCGAACUGAACAAGCUACAGCAGGAGGAUCUUGAAAUUCUUGGGAGGUUGCCGGCUCUCACCUAUGUAGAUGUUGAGGUAAACCAUGAGAAUCUCGGAACCCGGAGACUCAUUGUUGGUGCUUCUUCAUUCCCAUGCCUGGUACAAUGCGUGUUGCGGGGAUCUAUUGGACCUGUGGCAUUUCAGCAGGGAGCUAUGCCCAGGCUCGAAAGCCUUUGCUUCGCGUUCCCUGUGUUGAAGAUGAGAGAAAUUUCCAACUGCGAUGGUAAUUUCGACUUGGGCCUGGGGAACCUGCAGUCACUCCGGAAUGUCACCGUUUCCUUUCUCUCUGGAGGUGCCAGCGAGCGGGAGGUGGACGAAGCGGAGGCUGCGCUGAGGAAUGAAAUCACAAUGCAUCACAAUCAUCCUAGCCUCGAGAUACACUGACGAAGAUAAAAGAUGUGGUUGUCGUUAUCUUUUUUUUUUGUUUGCCGAAAGUGUGCCAUCAUCGUGGAUUAUUACAAAUGUGACAACUUGCAUAACCUCCAUAUGUAAAUGAUGCUAUCACAUUCUUUCUUUCUGCAACCUGUCGGUUAAACUGUAACCUGUAAUAAUAUUGUGCUCUGUUAAAUUUCUGGUACAUACCAUUGGAUCC